GGCUGCUGGACCUGCGGCUGACAGGAGAAAGCAGCAGAUGCCGUGGGCGCCUGGAGGUGCUGCAUGAGGGGAUCUGGGGUCCUGUUUGCGCCAAUGGCACCAGCCCUGCCACGGCCACUGCCGUCUGCCGUCAUCUGGGAUGUGGCACUGGGGGGAGGCUGGAAGAACUCGUCGCUGCAGUGGGCUCAGAGCCCGCCUGGCUGAGCUGGGUGAGCUGUGAGGAGGGGGCCCGCUCAUUCUGGCGCUGCCCCUCAGCGCCCUGGCAGCUGCAGGAAUGCGACACCACUGGGAUCACCCACAUCGUGUGUGAUGAGGACACCAGGGACAGCAGUGAGGCCACCAGUCCAGCCCCAGCUCUCACCCACAGCGCUGUCCCCAUGACUGCAGCUGCAGCACCCAGGAGUGUGUCAGCACUCACGGUGCUGUGCGUGGUCCUGGGGACGCUGCUGUGCCUGGCCCUGGCUGCCCUGGCUGUUCUGGCACACCGCACAUGGGCCCAGUGCCAAGGUGGGCAGCACUCUGGGGGUUCCACAAU